GUGCCUGGUUCCUGACUUCUGGUUCUACACCACCCUCCUCAACAACCCUUCCUCGCUCUGCCGUUCGCCCUCAGCGACUCUCUUAUCUUCUACCUCUUCCUCCAACCAACUCUUUCCGUGUGCUGUUCGUUUUUACUCUGUAAUUGUCGCUCCCGGAUUGAUUCGACUCGUCGACUCCCGAGGCAAACACAAUCCCCCCCCAGUCACUCACCCUGCGCUCUACCACCAAUACCUUUGUCUACGGCUCCCCUUCUACGUCUGGCACAACCCCACCAGUUCCUCGAAGAAAACAAGACCCCGUGGCUUGUCGCGAUUGCAAUCAGAAAUAUCUGUAAUAACUGGUUCUCUGGUGGAACCUGUGUUGUGUUGGGUUCGGCUGGAAUUAGGAGAACGAGAAAAAAACAAUAAUCACACCGCAACCGCGCCGGUCGCAUUAUAACUCGACAUCUCCGGUAGGAUCGACGCUGAUAAUCCUGCACAGUAUCUCUUUCACACGGAAACUUUCGAUUCAGCCUGCUUCGUGAAAUUCGCAGGGUGGAACAUUGUGCCUCGCUGCAGCCCAUUCUGAAACGCGACCAACGUCACAAACCCCCGAGGCUUACGUUCUGCUGUCGUUGCAACAGUGCCUCCCGGUGCAUAUGAGUAGAUGAGCUCCUCACGCCGCUCAGAGGUUCCCAGGCGUGUAUCGUCAGCGAAGGAUCGCUCAAAGUCGCAUCGCAAUUCUGGUUCACAUCGGAGCAAAACAGGCGACAUGUCGGUCGCAACAAUGCUACAGCCCGCUUCGCGAGCAUCGACCUCGACGAACUCCUCCUUCGAGCCUGUCAGUCGCCAGAAUACCUUCUCCAGCCAUGAAGGCGCUCGGUCUCUGCGCCAAAGCAAGCGCGUUAGCAUGACGGCGUUGUAUGCUAGCAUGAGCGCAAAGGACAAGGAUCUGGAGAUCAGUGAUGACCUGGCAAGGGCACAACGUACUCUCCGAGAUCUCAAGGGGAAAAUCUCGAAUCAGUCCAAGAAGAACUUUGUGCUAGAGAAGGAUGUCCGCUAUCUCGAUUCACGGAUCGCGCUGUUGAUCCAGAAUCGUAUGGCUCUAGAAGAGCAAAAUGAAGUUGCCAGCCAUCUUGACGAGGCGGCCGAGCUGCAGGAAGGCUCGUUCCCAAAUGACGAAAAGACGCAGCGCUACGGCAAUCUCUUCUUCAUGCUACAAUCUGAACCCAAGCACAUAGCCCAUCUGUGUCGCCUUGUCACAAUGGCUGAGAUCGACUCCCUGUUGCAGACAGUCAUGUUUACCAUCUUCGGGAACCAGUAUGAGAGUCGAGAAGAACAUUUGCUCUUGACCAUGUUUCAGUCAGUGCUCACGCAUCAAUUCGAGACGACACCGGAAUAUUCAUCCCUGCUCCGUCAGAACACCCCAGUUUCCAGGAUGAUGACCACCUACACCCGCCGUGGUCCUGGACAGAGCUUUCUGAAAGAAGUUCUUGCCGAUAAGAUCAACUCCCUGACCCAAUUGAGCGACAUCGAUCUUGAAAUCAACCCUCUGAAGGUGUAUGAAGCCAUGGUCAAGCAGAUUGAAGAAGACACUGGUAGCCUUCCGGAAGACCUGCCCAGAUCCGUGACCGCCGAAUUCGCAGCAGAGAACGCCCGAGUACAAGAGAUUAUUGAGCCACGACUAGAGAUGCUGACCAAGAUCGCGGAGGGAUUCCUGUCCGCCAUCAUCGAGUGUCUAGAAGACACUCCUUAUGGCAUUCGAUGGAUCUGCAAGCAGAUUCGCAAUCUAUCUCGACGCAAGUAUCCCGAUGCGCAAGACCAAGCGAUCUGUACACUGAUUGGAGGAUUUUUCUUCCUUCGGUUCAUCAACCCGGCCAUUGUUACACCAAAGUCAUACAUGCUGAUCGAGAGGGUGCCCGAUGACAAACCAAAACGAACACUGACCUACAUUGCCAAAAUGCUUCAGAAUCUGGCGAACAAGCCAUCUUAUGCGAAAGAGCCAUACAUGGCAAAGCUACAACCUUUCAUCCAGCGCAACAAAGAUCGCUGCAACAAGUUCAUGCUGGACCUUUGUGAGGUGCAAGACUUUUAUGAAAGUCUGGAGAUGGACAAUUACGUCGCCCUGUCGAAACGUGACCUCGAACUGAACAUCAGUUUGAACGAGGUUUAUGCUACACAUGCUUUGCUUGAAAAGCACAGCACAGAGCUUGCCAAGGAUCCAUCCUCUCAUCUCGGAGUCUUGCUUCAAGAACUGGGCCAGGCUCCCCCACAGGUUCCUCGAAAAGAGAAUCGGGCCAUCACUCUACCCCUAUACAGCCGAUGGGAGACUUCGUUUGAGGAUUUCACGCAUUCAUUGGAUAUCACACAGGAAGAAAUCUUUUUCAUGGAAGCAAAGAGCACAUUUGUCCAAAUCAUAAGAAGCAUCCCGCAGGCCACUGCUGUGAUGCGACGUCCAUUACGACUCGAUCGUGUUGCCGAGGCUGCGGGGACGCUGAAGAACGACGCCGUCAUGGUUCGGAAAGGCAUCCGGUGUAUGGAGCUCCUGACACAGCUGUCCGAGCUCGGCGUGAUUGAUCGUGCUGAUGACUAUGCUGUUCUGCGUGACGAAGUGGAACAAGAGCUAGCCCAUCUUGGCUCACUGAAGGAGAAGUGCCUGGAGGAAACGGUCAAGUUGGACGAUGUCUACAAGACGAUCCGUGACCACAAUGCAUACCUACUCUCUCAACUCGACACGUACAAAAACUACUUGCAUAACGUUCGAAGCCAAUCUGAAGGUACUCGACGGGGCAAGACUGAAAAGGUCAAAGAAUUGGGACCAUACAAAUUCACCCAUGCCCAGCUGGAGAAAGACGGUGUCAUCACUAGAAGCAAUGUACCCGAGAACCGGAGAGGUAAUAUCUAUUUCAUGUUCCGGAGUCCUUUGGCAGGCACUUUCGUCAUUAGUCUACACUACAAAGGGCGAGCACGUGGUCUUCUCGAGCUUGAUCUCAAGUUGGAUGAUCUUCUUGAGAUGCAAAAAGACGGACAAGACGAUCUCGACCUCGAAUAUGUCCAGUUUGACGUGUCUAAAGUGCUUACUCUUCUCAAUAAGCGAUUUGCGAGAAAGAAGUAGGGCGGCUAUUUUGACGACAUUUUCCCACAUCAAGUCAUGCAACAGGGAUAACCGGUACUAUGGAGCUUUCAACGACGACCACGACGCGGACACGAGCAGAAUCAUUUUGGCCUAGACGACUGUUGCCUAGACGUCUGGUGGCAUCCACAUGAAAGAAGAUGUUCACCUUUCGACACCAUUGUUUUAAUAGUUUGACAAGCCGAUCUUUCUUGCACCCUUUUGGCAUAUUGUAAUAUCUCGGCGAGCUGGCGAUGGAUACGAGAAUUUGUACUAACAUUGGUGGGGAUGUGUUAUUUGGUAGAAGAAGAGGAUGAACACAUGCUGUGUAUGGGAGUAUAUCGGAAUGACCUUUGAAGCCCGGAUGUAGGUCUUUUGGAACCAACAAUUGAAUUGAUUUGAAGAUGAGUUGGCAUUUGGUCCCCCUGAUAGCAAGGGCGAGGAAAGGAAGGAUACCACUGUAUAAUAAUAUAUAUAUCUAGGAGCGCUCUUUUCAUGUAUUCGCGAUGAGGGCGGUGAAGAUGAUGUAAGUUAGGGAGGACUUGAUAGGAAUCUACUCG